AUGGCAGUGGGUGGUCGCAGACCGGUUGUACACUGUGGCGGCCACCUUGGUCGGCUGCCAUGGUGGUUUUUCCGAGCUUUCCGGUUACAAGCACACACACGCGACUCCAGGGAUUAUCGUGACACCUUCACCUCCAAAGCGGCGACGGUCGGAACGACACCGGUGACAGCCGGGUGCGGUUGUGAACAACGACAGAAAGAGAAGAAGAAGGAGAACGACGGAGAGGUGGCCUCGGGCACUCACAGUUUCGUUGGUGGUUGUCGUUGUCGCCGACAACAGGGCACGACGGCGGUGUGGCUAGAACGUAGCAUCAUGGACGGAGAAGAGGUUGAUACUGAUCGAAGGUUACGAUUUCAUCUCCAUCUCUCGACUUCAUCAUCUCUAUCAAGAAAAAGGGCUUCUGAGACUCGCUCAAUCGCUAAAAGCCUGGGAUUUGCUAGCUUCUCUCUCAUAACCACCACACUUCUCCUUCUCGCCACCAUUACCGCCGCCCAAACUCGAACUCCAACACCACCGUCACCGCCACCAGCGUCCGAUUCCUGCAACGGCGUCUACUUAUCCUACACUUACACAUCCGGAUCCAAGCUCCCACCAAACCGAACAUCAUAUCAACCCUACCGCUUUGAAUCAACCCUCAGAGUCCUCAAUAACGCCGACGAAGAGCUUAAAUCAUGGAGGGUGUUUGUGGGUUUUCUGCAUGAUGAGUACUUGGUAUCUGCUUCUAAUGCUGUAAUUGCUGAUGGGUCUGCUACUUUUCCGGGUCCGGUUAGAAACUACACCAUUUUUGCUGUAUUUCCAAGUGCUGAUCUCAAGACUACUAUUGAAACUGCUGGAGAUGUGAAUCAGAUGUCGGUUGAGGUAGAUUUUGUGGGUAUGCAGUUCAGAGUCGACUCGCCCACUGUUCCUAUGCCUUCAAAUAUUUCUCUAGUGAAUGAUGGCUUUGUUUUCCCUAGACCUUCUAUGCAAGAUAUUUCUCCACUUGCUGGCAUGGAUGGUUUGUUGGGUGUCUCUGCUUAUGAUGCUGACAAGAACUGCACGUGCCUCUUCGUAUCAUCAAAAGCAACCCCUUAUCAAUCUAUUCCAACAAUGGUUGGCUCAAUGAUUUCCAUUAGGCUUUUAACAGCCCCGGCUACUACUCUCUUCCCUUCACUGGAAUCUGAAUCACAUAAAAUAUUCAUGAAUCAGAAUGAAGAUUCUAAAGAUCAUCAUCCAAAUGCACCAAAAUUUAGAGUAAGAACCACUAUUAAUGAAGGUAUUCUACUGGGCUGGGAUGCUUGUUAUUUGGAUAUGGAGCCAUGA